AUGGCAUGGGGAUCGUCGCGAGAGCCCUCGACUUUUAGCAAGGUCUUCCCUCUCGUCGUCGUCGUCCUCUUCCUCGCCAUCGCCGGCUACAUUGGCUACCAGAUCUACCUGUCUGCACAGCAGAUAGGCAACACGGCUUCCGAGCGCAUGAACAAGAAGAAUGUUGUGUGGACCAAGGACGGAUUGAAGGUGGGCGUGAAGUCCAUCCAGAACGAGAAAUACGUGGACGAGACGCAGAGCUGGGUCGUCAAGGCAUGGAACCUGGGCAAGGACGGAGCGCGAGCAUCGGGAGGCGAUAAGAAAGAUUGA